CUGCUAUUCCUGAGGGUUUACCAGCUGUCAUUACAACUUGUCUUGCAUUGGGAACUCGUCGAAUGGCUAAAAAGAAUGCCAUUGUUCGUUCAUUACCAUCAGUCGAAACACUUGGUUGUACAUCAGUUAUUUGUUCUGAUAAAACUGGAACAUUAACAACUAAUCAAAUGUCAAUUUGUCGAAUGUUCAUAUUCGGUAAAGUUGAAGGAAAUGACUUUCAAAUUGAUCAAUUUGAAAUAACUGGAUCAACAUAUGAACCAAAAGGUGACAUUCUCUUUAAUGGAUCAAAGUUCAACUGUUCAGAUCGUAGUGGAUUAGUUGAACUUGCUGAAUGUGCAGCUUUAUGUAAUGAUUCAGCAUUAGAUUAUAAUGAGACAAAGAAAAUAUUCGAAAAAGUUGGUGAAGCAACAGAAACAGCAUUGACUGUUCUUGUCGAAAAGAUGAAUGUAUUUAAUACUGAUAAAUCUCGUUUAUCACCUCAAGAACUUGCCAUGUCAUCGAAUACAAUCAUUCGUCAAAAAUAUCGUAAAGAUUUCACAUUAGAAUUCUCACGUGAUCGAAAAUCAAUGUCAAGUCAUAUAACACCUGCUGGCAAAGCUGCAGGCAGUGCUUCAUCAGGAGCCAAAAUGUUUGUCAAGGGAGCACCUGAAUCAGUAAUCGAACGAUGUACACAUAUUCGAGUUGGCACACAAAAAGCCCCAAUGACACCAUUAAUCAAACAAGAAAUUAUGAAAUUAGUUCAUCAAUAUGGAACAGGACGAGAUACAUUACGUUGUUUGGCUUUAGGAGCAAUAGAUAAUCCAAUGAAACGAGAAGAAAUGGACUUAGAAACUGCAACAAAAUUCAUUAACUAUGAAACUAACAUUACAUUUGUUGGUGUUGUUGGUAUGCUUGAUCCACCACGUUCGGAAGUUAUUGGUGCUAUUGAACGAUGUCGCGACGCUGGUAUUCGUGUUAUUAUGAUCACUGGUGAUAAUAAGAACACAGCUGAAGCUAUCUGUCGUCGUAUUGGUAUUUUUAAAGACAAUCAAGAUACACGAGGUAAAGCAUUUAGUGGUCGAGAAUUCGAUGAUCUUUCAAUUGAAGAACAAUCAGAAGCUUGUCGACAUGCAAAAAUGUUUGCUCGUGUCGAUCCAGCACAUAAAUCUAAGAUUGUAGAAUAUUUACAAUCACACGGUGAAAUUACUGCUAUGACUGGUGAUGGUGUCAACGAUGCACCUGCUUUGAAAAAAGCUGAAAUUGGUAUUGCUAUGGGUUCGGGUACAGCUGUAGCUAAAUCAGCAGCUGAGAUGGUUUUAGCAGAUGAUAACUUUUCAUCAAUUGUAUCUGCUGUUGAAGAAGGUCGUGCUAUCUAUAAUAACAUGAAACAAUUUAUUCGUUACUUGAUUUCAUCAAAUGUUGGAGAGGUUGUGUGCAUUUUUUUGACUGCUGCUCUUGGUUUACCCGAAUCAUUGAUUCCUGUUCAAUUACUUUGGGUCAAUUUGGUCACAGAUGGUUUACCAGCAACAGCACUUGGUUUCAAUCCACCUGAUUUGGAUAUUAUGGAACGUCCACCACGUAAUCCAAAAGAAUCAUUAAUUACACCAUGGUUGUUCUUUCGUUAUAUGGCUAUUGGAACGUACGUCGGUGCAGGCACUGUUGGCGCCUCAUGCUGGUGGUACGUUUCGUAUCAUGAUGGACCAUUACUAACAUGGGGACAAUUGAAACAUCAUUUCAGAUGUGCAGCUGGUGGUAAAGAAUUCGAAGAUAUAGAUUGUGAUGUCUUCGAUGAUCCACAUCCAAUGACAAUGGCUCUAUCAGUACUUGUCACUAUUGAAAUGUUAAAUGCACUUAACAGGUAUAAUU